UCCUGAAAUCUCAAUCCCCCUUUUAUUUAUUCCGGCGUAUUUCCCUUCUAUACGGAAUCUGGGUUUCUCUUAAUUCUUCACCGCCACCGCGCAGCUAUUUUCCGGUCAAAUUCUCGCCUUUUCUCUUCUGGGUUCUCUCUUUUUUCUAUUUGCAUCGAACGAUUCUUCAACUCAAUCAAUAUCAUAAAUUCGAGAUUGAAAUCUAUCUUCGAGGUUUAUAGAGGCGAAACCCCUAUUUGCCCAUUUUCCAUCUUUCUCCUUGCAUUCUACCCUUUUGUUGGAUUGAGAUAUGGAUAUUAGUAGCGAGGCGGCGGUUUAUCCGUUCUUAAUCGGACCAUCAACCGUUCUAGGUCGAACAAUCGCCUUCAGGAUAUUGUUCUUCAGGUCAUUUGCUCAUAUGCGACACAGGCUUUUGUAUUUGUUAAUGUAUUACCUUUAUAAAGGGAAUAACCUUCUGCAUAGAAAUGUUAGACCAUUGCUGUCAUGGCUUCAUCCUCGAAACCCUCAGGGGAUUCUAGUGAUGAUGACGGUUAUAACUUUCCUGUUGAGACGAUACACAAACAUAAAAUCCAAGGCUGAGACGGUUUACAGGAAGAAAUUUUGGAAGAAUUUGAUGAGAACCGCAUUCACAUAUGAGGAGUGGGCUCAUGCUGCUAGGAUGCUUGAUAAAGAAAACCCUAAGAUGAAUGAGGCACAGCUUUACGAUGAAGAAUUGGUACGAAAUAAGCUUGAGGAGCUUCGUCAAAGGCGGCAAGAGGGUUCUAUUCGCGAUAUUAUGUUCUAUAUGCGAGCAGAUCUUGUUAGAAAUCUUGGUAAUAUGUGCAAUCCUGAGCUGCACAAAGACAGGCUUCAAGUGCCUAGACUAAUCAAGGAUUAUAUCAUCGAGGUCUCGACUCAAUUGCGAAUGGUUUGUGACUCUGACUCUGAGGAGCUCCUGUUGGAGGAGAAGCUCGCGUUUAUGCACGAAACUCGUCAUGCUUUCGGUCGAACCGCUUUGCUUCUUAGCGGAGGAGCUUCCUUAGGAGCUUACCAUAUCGGUGUGGUUAAGACACUAGUAGAGCACAAACUUCUGCCUAGGGUUAUAGCCGGAUCAAGCGUGGGAUCUAUCAUAUGCUCGGUGGUGGCCACUAGGUCGUGGCCUGAGCUGCAGAGCUUUUUCGAAGAUUCUUGGCACUCGCUCAAGUUUUUUGAUCAGAUGGGUGGGAUUUUCACCAUUUUCAAACGGGUAAUGACCAGAGGUGCUGUCCAUGAGAUCAGACAAUUACAAACGUUGUUGAGACAUCUGACAAACAACUUGACAUUCCAAGAGGCGUACGACUUGACGGGUCGGAUUCUAGGAAUCACGGUUUGCUCGCCGAGGAAGCACGAGCCUCCUAGAUGUCUGAAUUAUUUGACCUCGCCUCAUGUGGUUAUAUGGAGCGCUGUCACAGCUUCCUGUGCCUUUCCUGGGCUUUUCGAAGCUCAGGAAUUGAUGGCGAAAGAUAGAAGCGGAGAGAUUGUUCCUUAUCAUCCGCCUUUUCGCUUGGGCCCGGAGGCAGGCACAUCUGCGAGGAGAUGGAGGGAUGGUAGUUUGGAGAUCGAUUUGCCCAUGAUGCAGUUGAAGGAGUUGUUUAAUGUUAAUCACUUUAUCGUUAGUCAAGCCAAUCCCCACAUUGCGCCUUUGCUUCGCAUGAAGUCUUUAGUCAGGGCUUACGGAGGCAGCUUUGCUGCGAAGCUUGCUCAUAUAAUUGAGAUGGAGGUGAAACAUAGAUGUAAUCAAGUACUAGAACUCGGUUUUCCUUUAGGCGGACUCGCCAAGCUUUUUGCCCAAGACUGGGAAGGGGAUGUAACCGUCGUAAUGCCCGCCACCUUAGCCCAGUACUCGAAACUCAUACAGAACCCAUCUCAUUCGGAGCUACAGAAGGCAGCCAACCAAGGGAGGAGAUGUACAUGGGAGAAGCUGUCUACAAUAAAAGCCAAUUGUGGGAUUGAGUUGGCAUUUGACGAUUGUGUGGCCAUUCUGAACCACAUGCGAAGACUGAAGAAGAGCGCGGAGAGAGCAGCAGCUUCAUCUCACGGGUUAGGAACUAAAACCUCGGUUAUGUUCAACGCUUCUAGAAGAAUUCCGUCGUGGAAUUGCUUGGCUCGCGAGAAUUCAGCAGGAUCCUUGGAGGAAGAGCACCUUUCCGAUUUUAAUCACGGUCGUAAUCCUCGACCUCCUAGGAAGGCUGCGGAUGGAAGUGAUACUGAACCGGACAGCGGGGACCACAUUCCUUGGACGAGGUCAGGGGGUCCUUUGAUGAGGACCACUUCUGCCGAUACCUUCGUAGACUAUAUGCAUAAUCUGGAUAUGGAAGGAAGACUAAAUUUAACCCAAGGAGUUCUACAAAGCAAUUUGACUGUCCAGGUGGCGGGUGAUCAUACAUCGACUACCCAUCAUCAAGAUGGCUCGGAUGGCACAUCGCCUUCUCGAACUUCGGACAUAGAUUCGAACCAGAGGGAGUUCAGCAACCGGGUGCUGCUGUGUAAUUCGAGCAUUAUGGUUUCGGAAGGGGACCUUUUGCAGCCUGAGAGAAGAGACAAUGGUAUUGUGUUCAAUGUGGUGAAGAGGGGAGAUUUAACACCGAGAGACAGAGCUUUAGAAUCGGAAACUGGCAGCCCCUCUCAUGCUUCAACUGCGGAAUGCAUGCAAUUGGACAGCCUUGAGAAACAAGCCGACGAAACCUCCUCCGACUCUGAAGUCGAUGCAGACGAAACUUGAGUGUUUUGUGCAAAGAAAUAAACUUUUGUAAAAUUGGUUCAAUGCAUGCAUCAAUGAAUGUAAAUGAGAGCAAGGCAAGUGUGUAUAUUACUAUUAUAUACUCCCUUUUGUAUGUUUCUGGGACAUGAUAAAUAAUUAUACAAUCACUCAAUAACAGUUUCAAU